AUGUCUAAGAAGGGAACGAAUACCACCGGGUCCAAACGUUCCCAGCAGCCUGUAACUUCAGGCCUCGGCGAAAUCUUUGUUAGUCCUGCUAAACGAAGGAAGUCUGGAAAACACAUGCCUGCCAGCGAGGCUCUGUCUACGGCCGGAAAGAGAGAAAUGCUGGAACGACGCCUUCGAGAUCUUGAUACCCCGGCAGCAUCUUCGAACUGGACUACUCAUGCCAAUGCAAGCGAGCCUGAGUUAACAAACCCCUCGCGCGAAGGCUUGUGUUCAAACAGCUCGGAGUUUCCUCCUGAUGAAGGAAACAAGUGUUGCCCCAUCCCAGAGGUGCAAUCGGCAGACUCUGAUGCAAUGAACCUUGGACGAGAAUAUCUUGAUCCCUCUGCCUUUCCAAAUGCGAAACGCACCACGCCGAAUGAUGCUGCGUAUACCCUCUACAAGCGCUGGUCGGAGGUUCUACCGACUCUUGUUGACCCGCUCUUGUUCUACAUCAAUCGCACUUUAGGUACCAAAUUACCCACUGUCGUCUCUGGUAUCAAACCCAAUUGUCAGAAGCCCAACAUCUGCAGCGCCAGAAACCAGGAUAUUGUGUGCCUCUUUUCAGAUCGGUUCGAGAAUCUGGUCGUGCACUCGUGCGACUGUCAAGGCCUUUUACAAGUCCUUGUUUCAAAUGGGUUAUUUCCCACUUCACCAACGAAACCCCGAAUGGCCGUCUCUAUCGAGCUUUUGGACUUUUACAAUGCUCUUUUCGAACGAUCGUGCGAUGCGGUGAAUGCAAUGGCAAGCGCCUUGAAUUCGUUCUACACAAAGAGGGGAUUUGUCCUUCUAAAUGCGCAGGGCGGCCCCGCUCAAGAUGGCUUUCGACGUGGGCUCGGCUAUGCCAUUCAGUGGUAUGAUGGACUUGUCACGCUGGUUUCAAAAUCUCUGAAAGAUGCUCUGCGCAUCAUGGAUCAAAUGGAUGAAUCAAUUGACUCGAAGACGCGCAAGUCUCAAUGUGCACAGCUUCUCCAGGAUAGAUGUCCUGCGUGCUUCGGGGGGACCAAAUUUGGCCGGUCCUGGGACGAGGGAGGGGACAUUCACGUUGUGAUAGAUGGUAAUUUCAACCAUCGACACCUUCGAACUGCAGGCGAAUGCCCACAGUUUUAUGACCCCCAGUUUUUUUUAUCCAAGACCCAAGUAGAUCAGGUCGGCGAUCACAUCGAGAACCUCCGAAAACGUCCAAAGAAAGCAGCCCAGCCAAAGGUUCCGGACGAGGCGAUUGAUGAAUGCGAAAAUAGCCAUACGGCUGGUAGCGGUUCAAAUGUCAAGACAAACAUGGACAAGUUCGACGAUGGGGGAGCCAUGGCAUUAGUAUGUAGGCACGACAUACCCCUCUUCUUCACCAACAUCGAUACUCCUGGGGAGCAACAGAAGUAUGGUGUAGCCCUCAUCGAGCAUCUGUUCACCCUGCUUCCGUGCCAUGCCCGAGUCUACGUCCUUUACGAUGUGGGGUGUGUUCUGGAUCGAAGUCUCCAGUUGUACGACAUACUUCCAUUUGAAAUCACUGCAAGAUGCAUGUUUGCAACGAGCGCGAUGCAUGCCUACGCCCACCAAUGGGCAUGUCAGUUGAUAUACAAUCCACGGAUGAUCAAAGGUCUGGGACUCACUGAUGGGGAGGGCGUAGAGCGCCUGUGGUCUCGCCUCCGAAAACUUAUCGGUAUCACACGUUCAUCCGCGAGAUCGAAGCGAAUAUGGCUUCUCGAUCGUCAAGCCCAUUUGAUCGCUGCUGAACUCAGGGAUGACUUGGGAUCGUGGAUUCGUCGUCGGCUAAAAAAGGGCGUUGAGACUCAGGGAGCGGCCGCUGACAAAAUCAUAACCGAAUGUGGUGUUCCUGUCAAGGAACUGAAGUGUCAGUGGGAAUCUCAGAAGGUGGCCCAGCUUUCUAUUCGUGCCCACGCCCCCGUUCGCCUUAAGAAAGAGCUCGACACUGUCCUCUCUCUCCAAGCUGAUUUAGAUACUGUGGAAGGCGCGAUUGAGAGCACACGAUUGAUGCUCAAAAAUUCUUCUGGCAAAGAUGAACAGCUUGGAAUUCUCGAAGGACUGGAGGAAAUCCACUCACAACUUAAGGAAAAGGUAGAAUCACUUUAUGCAUCCCUAAACGUGCACGAAACAUUUCCAGAACUACGCCAUAUCGAUCUGGAAUUUGUUCGCACUCUUAUCAUGGCAAGGGAUUUGAAGAUCAACAUACGCCAUCGAGCGAUCGGGAGCUUUUUCGAGUGGGACAAACUCGACCAGGCUGCAGGUGGAAAUGAUCAGGCGUUAGGAACCAAGGUACACCAGAUGACACGCAAAGCGAUUUCGAAACGAAAGCCUGCCUUAAUGACUGCAAUACGAAAAUUUAACAAGUAUUGCGAGAGGCUUGUUCUCCUUCACAAGCCCGAGUGGGCAAUACCGAUUCCAGAGCCAUUACCGACGACCUUGUCCGGUCUUCGUGAUGCAUCAAGUCUCAUGGAGGAUGUGUGGAUUGCAACCUCGCUCAAUGAGGUCCCGCGCUGGCUUCACGAUCUCGAUGUCCGGGAGGGAAUCAGAGCCAUGAACCGUAAGGAACGAUGCAAUGAAGAGCGAAGCCGUCUCGUUCAGGAAUCUGACAAUAUGUGCCGGUGGUAUAGACACCAAGUCAUCGCUGUUGAAGUAGCACUGGUGAAAUCUGACAAUCUCAAGAUAUCUAUCCUCCUCAAACAACACCGCGAUCAGCUUACCCAUCUAAAAGCAAAGUGGGCAAAUCCUCUUGCGCCUCUCCAACGAUUCGAAUCCGAGAUAAGCAAGGCCCAGAGUACAGUACAACAAGUAAUGUAUCCCUUGCUCGAACGACUGUCUAUCUGUCGGUCUGAUACAACCCCUUCAAAAUCCGGGAGCUCAAUAACGCUUUUCACACCUGAGAGCUAUGACGACGGUGCUGAUGAAGGGGAGGGGGACGCUCCUCCUGAUCCUGAUGAAGUCAUGAUGCAGGAUCUGCUUGAAGGCUCAGACUCAGACGACACUCCCUCGGAGCUCAAACUGAAGGGAAAAGACUGCAAGGUUACUGAAGCUGGAUUUGCCACCGAGACAGAUGCAGUGGAAGUUACCCACGUAAUUCCAGAAUUUCAGCUGGUUGACUAUGCUGUCCUGAAUAUACUCUCGCAACACCUUUGCUCUCACAUUUCAAUCCCACCCUCUCAUCACACGCGACUACUCUCAUGGAAGAGGUACGAUAAAAAGAUAUGCAACAUCCACUUCGAAUCUCGGGACCUCGAUAUCUUGAAGUUGCGGAAUGGGAGACUAAAUGACAACUGCCUUAAUGGCAUUGCAAAGCUAUUUGCUUUCGUCCUUGCUCUGCCAGGCUCAUCACAUGUAGACAGCAGCUCUCGAUGCGCUCUUCUAUCAAGCCAGGACCUGGUAAUGAUCAGAUGCAAUGCCUCUGAUACCGACAUCUGGAGGCGGGUGCAUAUUUCGGAAUUUUGGAAUCGUCCUGUUUGGAUUUUGCCUAUUCACCGACCAGCCAUCGAACACUGGGUUCUUGCUAUCAUUUACCCAAAUCGUCGUGAGAUCUCAUUCUUCGACAGCUUCGGAGAAGUUCAUCCUUGGAUCCGGGAGCUGAAGGGCGAAACUCCGGGGCUCUUCACACUAUUUAAGCCUGACGUUGUCCAAUGCAUUUUCCUCAGUCCAGCCCCGGACGCCCUCCUCUGCACCGACACCUCAAGCUCCCCCCUUGUCUCCUUGUCUCUCUUUUCGCCCUCCUGGGAUCCCCCCGCUGCCUGUCUGCUGUGCCUCCCCACUGCUUACCAUACAAUGCUUUCCGCUCCGGAGUUCGUGCGCACAAGCUCUCAGCAGAGCUUUAUCCGGAUCCUGCCUCCGUUCUUUGUGGACGCCAUACAUACUGGCCACCUCGAACCCUUUCUCCGACGUUGCGCGACGAUUUGGCGUCGCCGCUGGCCAGGGGACACUAGAGACCAUCAUGGACUCCUUGAGUACAUCAUCGUCACUGUCCUGCUGGAAUUGUCGUUCCAAUCAUCCUAUCAUCCGAUGUCAUGGAAGGACAUCGACUCUCUCGAUGUUGCCAACUUGAACACCUUCGAAGACGAAGAUUUCGACGAACCCGUCGUCCUCCCCCAGCCCCGCAAAAAGAAGGUCAAGGUUCCGACGGAAGAAGACAGACGCCGCGUGCGUCCUGGCCAACCCGUUGACCAAGGAUCCCUCUUAGGAAAAAGCCGUGAAAUUCCUCGACCUGCCCCCCUCAGCGAGGCAGAGCGGGCUGCACGCCACCUCCUUCCAGACAACGCCUUCAACACCAACACCUAUCAACAACUCUUUUUGAAACCAUUUGCGGCCCCGUCGCUCGCCCCUUUCUUGACUUCAUCAACAACUCGAAGCAACGCUCCUUCAGCCCCACCACCAUCGCCUGCUUGCUCCUGUCAUACCUGCACAUACGACUCUGCGGCUUCUUAUGCGGACGGUGAUGCUGCCCCCUCCGUUCCGGUGCAUGACACAUCCUUCACCCACAACAGCCCGUCGCCAUCAUCGUCAAUCUUGCAUGGUGUGGGUGACGAGGUCUCUGACACCGAGGUGUUGCCACCAGGCGCUCUCCGCCGCGUCGGCCAUCUCUCUGUCGUCACGGUGUAG